GGGAGGAAAGAACAUGGCGGCUGCAAGCGACCUGAAGCGGGGCGCCGGGCGUUCGAUUUAAGCUUUCUCGCGUUAACCGAGACCGGGGCUCCGCGGCACUCGUGCAUCCUCGCCUCCACGAGAUCAUCUUUGCGGUGGUGCCCGAAAUUCCGGGUUUUAUGCGUGUAAAGAGUGCGCAAAGCGUGAAACUGAAGAGAAUAGAUUUUUAUCCAUAAUGAGGGGGAGAAGAGGCAGGCCGCCCAAAACCCCGCUGAUGCAGGAGCCCUCGUCGGGGCCAGUGCGCGGGUUGAGACCGCGCCGGACGUUAAAGCCGAAGGUGAGAGGGAGCUCCGAUGAGGAGUUUGUCACACCGAAACGGGGCAACCAUCACCAUACGACACGAGGCCGGAGGAAAGCGCGAUCCGCGGGAUUGAGAGGCAGAGGAAGAGGCAGAGGCAGGGGACGGCGGAGCGCCGCCAGCGGUGUGGUAUACGAUGACCACGAAAGCGAUGAAGAGGACGAGGAUGUGGUCAGUUUGCGAUCGGAGGAGGACGAGUGCAUCGCGGUUCCUCUGACGGACGAAGAAGAGGAGGAGGAGGAGGCCAUCAACGAUGAAUCGGACUGCCUGGAUGGACUGGACGAGGGGGAUGAAGACGAUGCCAGUUUCUGCACCGAGAGCAGCCAUGGCAGCACUGCAGUAGGUCGGAGAAGGCCAAGAGCAAGACGGCCACCUUCUCCUAUUCUGGAGCAGAAGGAGAUUCCUCCUUUGAAGUUGCCCAGUUCUUCUGAGGACCUUCUUAUUACCAAUGAACAGCUUCUCAACGCGUCUGCUGUUUACGAGGUCCUCCGCAGCUUUAGCACCGUCUUGCGCCUGUCUCCGUUCCGCUUCGAGGACUUUUGCGCCGCUCUAGUUGGACAGGAGCAAUGCACGUUAAUUGCAGAAAUGCACAUCUCUCUCCUAAAAGCUAUCUUACGGGAGGAGGACACCUCCAACACUACCUUUGGACCAGCGGACCUUAAAGACAGUGUCAACUCCACUCUCUACUUCAUUGACGGGAUGACCUGGCCAGAGGUGGUGCGUGCAUACUGCGAGAGUGACCCGGAAUAUCAUCAUGUUCUCCCUUACCUAGAGGGUGAAGAAUACCCGUUCAGCCCUUUGGAGAGCAAAGUCAAGGUCUUGCAGUUCCUGGUGGACCAAUUCCUCACCACCAACCUCGCCCGUGAGGAGCUGAUGUCAGAGGGGGUUGUUCAAUAUGACGACCACUGCCGGGUGUGCCACAGACUGGGCGAUCUGCUCUGCUGCGAGACCUGUUCGGCGGUGUAUCACCUGGAGUGUGUGAAGCCUCCUCUGGAGGAGGUACCUGAGGAUGAGUGGCAGUGUGAGAUUUGUGUAGCGCACAAAGUUCUCGGUGUUACCGACUGUUUGACAGAGUUUCAGAAGAGCCGACCGUACAUCCGGCAGGAGCCCAUUGGAUACGACCGGCAUCAAAGAAAAUACUGGUUUCUCAACCGGAGGAUUGUUGUGGAGGAUGAUGGAGAGGAUGAGAAUAAGACCUGGUACUACAGCACUAAAGUCCAGCUGGGUGAGUUGAUCGAGGUUCUGGAUAAAAGCUUCUGGGAGAGUGACCUCUGUUCUGUGCUGGAGGAGAUAAGAGAGGAGAUCCACUCCCACAUGGAUGUCACAGAAGAGCUCACGAACAAGGCCCGUGGGAAUAGCAAGGCAUACCUCACUGUUGCUAAUGAUGUAAUCUUGGACCGUCUGAAGGCCAAGCAGGAGGCUGAGCUUGAGGAGCUAAAGCGACGGGCAGCGGUAGAGGCUGAGAAGGCCAGACAGGAUUCUGAAUCGGGGUCUGGUGAACCAGGUGUGACUAAUACAAAGACCCCUGCAAAUGGAUCAUUUCCACAGCAAGACUCCAGUAAUGGAAAUACAUCGAGCGAUCAAACUUCUGCAAACACUGUAGCUGCCCCUGCCCUUGAGGAGGGCAGCACCAGUAUUCCUAAGCCCACGGAAAACAGCUCAGUCAUUCCACCUAAAACCGAGUCCCAGAGUCCCACAGGGAAUGCCACGGCUUUGUCUUCCAAUACUGAGGAGAAAGGGGAACCUGCAGAGGGGGUGAAAGAGUUGCCAGGUAAGAGUUCAGAGUCUGUUGGUCAGGGUGAUGGGGAUUCUGUACUUGAAACUGAACCUCCGCAGACCGUAGAUGAGAACAGCUGUAGCAGUCAUUUCUCCAUCUCUGACUGUCUGCGAACUCUGGAAGAACCCGACCUGGCAGACCGCUCCUCACAGUCUUCACUAAACAGCCAGGAUGAUGCAGGUGAGGGUAAAGCUAAUGGAGAUGGCACAAAGACAGGAUCUUCGCGCAUGGUUACCCGACUCAGGAACCCUGACAGCAAGCUCAGCCAGCGCAAGGUCAUGCAGGACAAAGAUGGCAGCUCUCAGGAUGGUAGUAAAGCACUUAGAGAGACUCCUCCGCUGUCAUCUUUUGGUUCUUUCAAGAGAGAUUCAUCCAAGCAGAAUGGCAGUGGCUUUUUCAAGCUGGGCAAUGAGGGCAAAUUCCGUGUCUACCACAACCAGUAUAGCACUAACACCCUCGCUCUAAACAAGCAUCAACACCGUGAGGACCACGACAAGCGCAGACAUCUUUCCCACAAGUUGUGCAUGACCCCUGCUGGUGAUUUUAAGUGGAAUGGUUCACUAUACGGCUCUAAAGCUCUGACCGUGUCCACUCUAAGAUUAACCAUCAUCCAGCUGGAGAACAAUGUCCCUGCUCCAUUUCUGCAUCCAAAUUGGGCGUCACACAGGUCAAACUGGAUAAAGGCUGUCCAAAUGUGCAGCAAAGCGAGAGAGUUUGCUUUGGCUUUGGCCAUUCUGGAGUGUGCAAUAAAACCAGUGGUCAUGCUCCCAAUAUGGAAGGAUUCUCUGGGUCACACAAGGCUUCAUCGUAUGACCUCUGUGGAGCGGGAAGAGAAAGAGAAGGUGAAAAAGAGGGAGAAAAAACUGGAGGAUGAAGAGACAAUGCAGCAAGCCACAUGGGUGAAGUACACUUUCCCCAUCAAACACCAGGUGUGGAAACAGAAGGGAGAGGAGUACAGGGUAACUGGGUAUGGAGGCUGGAGCUGGGUAAGUAAGACCCAUGUCCAUCACUUCGUCCCAAAGCUACCAGGAAACACCAAUGUCAACUACCGGAAAGCACUAGAGGCAGCUAAAACUGGAAUGGAUAAUCGGGCAGCUCUUUUAGAAGCACCUAAAACUUUGGUAAAAACAGAUGAAGUCUCUACUCAAAAUGUGGCUAAAACGGAUAACGUCCCGAUCACAUCAUUGGAUGCUUCUGAAGAAAAGCUAUCUGUGGAGAAAGCUCAUGUGCUAAAAGAUGAAAAAGGGAAGGAAAAGUUUAAAGAAACAGAUGUUGAAAUGGUUGAAGAAAAGGAGGUUGAGAAAGUGGAGGAAAUAGAGGAUGAAAAAGUUAAAGAAAAGAGUGAUGAACAAAAUGAAUCUGUGGAAAAAAUGGACACUAGUGCUCCAAACUCUGACGAUGUAAAUGAUGAUAAAGAUAACAUUACAAACAAUUCACCUUCAUCAAACGACUCCCCUUUCAAAGGAGAGUCUUUUGAUGGCGAGGUAACAAAGGAUAGUGCUCAGAGUCAAACUCAACUGUCCUUCUGCUAUGAUGUUGUGAACGUCAGUGAGGGCUUCCUGCAACGCAUUGCAUACAAGAAGGUGGUCAAGGCUUCAAAACUUGAUUGCCUUCUGGAGAGGCGAGUUAAACAGUUUGCCAUUGAAGAGAAGCAAAGAUUGGAGAAACUCAAGCAGACUACAGUUUCUCAACCCUCAACUCAAAAGUUCAAAGAAAUCAAGGAGACAACCAUUGCUGCUGAAGACCAAAAGGUUAAGACUGAAGGAAGUAUCUCUGAAACUCCUAAAAAUACCCAGGCUGAUGGGGUUGUAGACCCAGCAGUACAUCAAAAAGACCAUGUGGUCAAAAAGCUGGAUUUUAACCAAGAGGAAGAGCAAGCGAGUACAAAUACUUCAGGACAGAAAAAUAACCUGGAUGUCAGGUUAAAUGAUUUCUUUGACUCGGCUCCUAAAGAACAUCAACAAAAAUCGCCAGAACCAGAAUCCAAAGCACCCAGUCGAGUUGCGAUGUCUGAGCUCAAUGGAAACUCUCAAAAUCUGGAUUCAAGCGAUCAACAAAAUGCCAUACCUGAUAAAACCAUCUCAGAAGGACUUACUCCCGACGAUGCUGAGAAAAAGACUGUUGUUGAAAACAACGAGAAUAAUCUUGAUGUACAAAAAGCUGUGUGUGUGCAACUAAAUGGGAAAGAUGGUCCUGUGGAUUCGCCAUGUAAGAAUUUGACUGAAGUUAAAACAAAGGAGCUAACCAAUAGCCUUGGGGAGGAAAUCAAAGCAAUACCGCCAAAGGAACCAGUGAAGUCACUAUUGAAUGGUGAUUCCACUCAAGAGUGUCUAAAAGAAUGGACUAAUAGCUCGAUUCCUGAAGUGAAAUCUGAAGGAGAGAAGGGAGUUACCAAGUCUGACCCUGAUUAUAUACCACCUCCGAAAGUGGCUAAGUUGGAAAACAACACAGAAGGAACUGUAGACUCCUCGGUUAGCUCCUCUGUACCUGAACCUUCUUCAGUAGCUUCCAAGCCAAACAUUAGAUCCGAGGUGCCUAAUAAUAGCUCAAAGGUGGACCUGAUGCAAGUCGAGGAGUCAAAGCCUCUUGUACCUUCUCCCGUCCCAUCAGCGGAAGAGUCCAGCCUAAGCAGUGACCUCACCGAAAACAGUAGCAACGUUGGCGAGAUAACAACUGUAAUUACUCAAGUCAGCACAACUACAACAACGGUAUCCACUAUGGCCCGCACGGUGUUGACAUCAAGCCUUGCUUCCGAUAAUGGAAUACGUACAACCAUGCCUGAUUCUAAGGUUGAGUCAACCAGCUCUGUUUCAACACUCUUUACUAAAACUACUACUUCUGUUACAAAGGUCACAAACUCAUCCCAGGAUGCCAUGUUAACAAAAGAGUCCAAUACCAUUGUGACGGAAACCCUGACUGACACCAAGUCUGGUCCUAGUGGUUCCUCUGUGACCUCCAUGACAUUGAGCCAAGAAUAUUCCACCAAGGACAGAGUACAACUAUUAAAGUUCUCUCGCACUAAGAAAACGCGUUCCGGGACAGCCUUGCCCUCGUACCGCAAGUUUGUAACCAAGAGUAGCAAGAAGAGCAUCUUUGUGCUUCCCAACGACGAGCUAAAGAAGCUUGCAAGGCGCGGUGGCAUUCGUGAAGUUCCUAUCUUUAACUAUAAUGCCAAGCCAGCCUUGGAUAUCUGGCCCUACCCAUCUCCACGACCAACAUUUGGGAUCACAUGGAGAUACCGACUCCAGACUGUGAGGUCUUUGGCUGGAGUAAGCCUGAUGUUACGGCUGCUCUGGGCCUGCCUCAGAUGGGACGACAUGUCUGUGAAGCCUUCACCCGCUGUCGGGACAACACGAACAGAAACAUCUGACACUGAUAUCACCACCACUGAGAUCAUCAAGCGACGAGAUGUUGGGCCUUAUGGGAUUCGUUCAGAGUAUUGCAUCAGGAAGAUAAUCUGCCCCCUCGGUGUGCCUGAUACUCCCAAAGAGACUCCCACACCUCAAAGAAAAGGCUUAAGAUCUAGUGCUCUGAGACCAAAGAAACCUGAACCAGCGAAACAGACAGGGCCUGUUGUGAUCGAAACCUGGGUGGCUGAGGAAGAUCUGGAACUAUGGGAGAUUCGAGCCUUUACUGAAAGGGUUGAGAGGGAGAAGGCACAGGUGGCUGACCCGACUAAGGUUAGUGUGCAGAAGAAAGCAGAGGAGGUCAAGGCCCAAUUGGAAGCUCAGCUUAAGCAGCAGAGAUUGGCAGCCCAGCAGAAACGGUUGGAGCAGCAGAAACCUGCAGGUACCAGCAGCACAUGCACCCUAACCAGCACACCUUUGACCCCUGGAACCACCACUCAGAAGGUGGUAGUGGGGUCUGUUGGCGGUCAGGUAACUACAGUGCCAAAAGUGGUGAUGACCACUACCAAGCUGGGCGCUCCGGUGACAUUCCAGCAAAACCAAAACUUCCAGCAGUCUUUUGCUUCCUGGGUCAAGCAGGGCCAAGGUAAUUCAGUCUCCACCAGUUCUGUUGUGACUGUGGCGGCGAGUAGCGCCACCACGUCCGGACAAACGUUCCACAUCGCAGCUGCUGCAGGGUCGAUGGCCGGCAGUGUCAUCGCCGCUAAACUGCCCGUUCCAGCCAACAGCAAGAUAGUCACAGUGAACGUGCCAACCACGCAAGGAGGGUUGGUGCAGGUACAGCAGAAGGUGGUGGGCAUCAUUCCAUCAAGCACAGCUGUCAGCGCACAGUCCUUCCCCUCAUUCCAGCCCCGUACUGCCACCAUUAACAUCAGACCCAACACUACCACCUCCACACAGCAGGUUGUUACUACUGGAACUCCUAUCCGUCCAGGGAUGGCAAUGAUACGUUCUCCACUGCAACAGACCACCACCCUUGGCAAGACUAUCAUUCGCGCUCCCCUGAUGGUUCAACAAGGUCAAGGGCAACAGGCAGUGCUAAGUAGUACCGGAGCACAGGUGGUAGGCACCCCCCCUCGCCUCUCCACACCAAACCAGCCCCAGACCCCACAGACACCCUCCGCUCCCCGACCGCAACAGGGUCAGGUCAAACUCACCCUGGCUCAGCUCACACAGCUUACCCAGGGGGCUCAGGGUGGCAACCAGGGCUUGACUGUAGUGAUCCAAGGGCAGGGUCAGACCACAGGUCAGCUGCAGGUCAUCCCUCAGGGUGUGACAGUCAUUCCGGGCCCCGGUCAACAGCUCAUGCAAGCAGCCAUGCCCAAUGGUCAAGUUCAGCGGUUUUUGUUUACGCCCAUGGCCCCUGCAGCUGUGUCUGUGCCCACUGCCCCUUCCACAACAACCUCAAUGGGCACCCCAGCCACUGCUGUCCCAGCUGCUACCAGCAACCCUAUUACCACCCCAGCAACACCCAUACAACCAGCAAUUCAACCUGCUCCACAGCCCCAACCUCCAACUGCACAUCCACCCACCUCAUCUAUUCCCCCAUCACAACCACCUCAACUCGCACCCACUCCAGUCACAACCACCACCAUUACCAAACCGACUCCCACUCCACAACCCCGCCCACCCGUACAGCUCCUGCCUCAACUGCAGGCCCCUCCUCAAACCUCCAUCCUGCCCCACACACCUGCACCUGCCCCUGGCUCUCAGAUAGCACAGGUGACCCCCACAGCCACUGCACCACAGGUCACCACCAUCUCCGUCGCCCCACAAGUCACUCAGACCACCAUAACCAAAGUCCAGCCGCAGAUCCAGCUUCCCCCGCAGCUCCUCAGUGUUCCCGGGCUGCAACAGCAGGUCAUCUCUCACAUCCAGAGUCAGGUAGCGGCCCAUAUUCAGGCUCAGGUCCAGCAGGUAGGGUCCGCAUCUGGGAUUCCCCAGCAGAUUAAACUGCAGCUUCCCAUUCAGAUUCAGCAACAGGGUGGAGGUCAGGUCCAAACCCACCAGAUUCAGAACUUGGUAACGAUCCAGACAGCCAGUGUACAGGAACAGCUCCAGCGCAUACAACAGCUCUGUGAACAACAACAGCAAAAGAAGAAACAGCUGGAGGCAAAGAGAGAGCAAACCCAGCAGAACCCCAGUCAGAGUGACCUGCUGCAGAAACAGGUGGCUCAGAAGCAGAAUGUGGCCAUAGAGCAAUUAAAACAGAAGAAGACCAUGACUCCUGCUGAAAGAGAGGAGAACCAGAGGAUGAUUGUUUGUAACCAGGUGAUGAAGUUCAUCCUGGAUAAAAUCGAUAAGGAUGAGAGGCAGGCGGCCAAAAAGAGGAAACGGGAGGAGUCGGUCGAGCAGAAGCGCAGUAAGCAGAACGCCAGCAAGCUUUCAGCGCUGCUCUUCAAACACAAGGAGCAGCUGAAGGUUGAUAUUCUGAAGAAGAGAGCUCUGCUUGAUAAAGAGCUGCAGCUACAAGUGCAGGAGGAGUUGAGGAGAGAUCUUAUUAAACUGAGGAGAGAGAAGGAGAAAGCUCAGGCUGCUGCCGCACAAGCAGCAGCGGCGGCGGCCACCGCUAGCGCCCCCACACACACCACUCUCUCCACAUACACACCGAUGGUCACAUCCCCCUCCUCCGCACACAAACGCAAGCGGGAGGAGGAGAGAGACUCUGCAUCCAAGUCAAAGAGGAAAAAGAUGAUAUCCACAACCUCAAAGGACAAUAAGAGGGACAUCAAGCUAUACUGUGUCUGCAAAACACCUUACGAUGAGUCCAAGUUCUACAUUGGUUGUGACCUGUGUUCCAACUGGUAUCAUGGAGAAUGUGUGGGCAUCACAGAGAAAGAGGCCAAGAAGAUGGAUGACUACAUUUGUUCAGAAUGUAAACGAGCACAGGAGGGCAACACAGAGGAACUCUACUGCAUCUGCAGAACUCCGUAUGAUGAGUCACAGUUCUACAUUGGUUGUGACCGCUGUCAGAACUGGUAUCACGGUCGCUGCGUGGGCAUCCUGCAGAGUGAAGCCACACACAUCGAUGAGUAUGUGUGCCCGCAGUGCCAGUCUACAGAGGACGCCAUGACUGUCCUGACACCGCUCACAGAUAAAGACUACGAGGGGUUAAGGAGAAUACUGCGCUCCUUACAGGCCCAUAAAAUGGCCUGGCCAUUCCUGGAACCAGUGGAUUCGAAUGAUGCUCCAGAUUAUUAUGGGAUCAUUAAGGAACCAAUGGACCUGUCUACGAUGGAGGAAAGGAUACAGAAACGCUUUUACAGCAAACUUACAGAGUUCGUAGCGGACAUGACCAAAAUCUUUGACAACUGCCGCUAUUACAAUCCCAGCGACUCAACUUUUUACCAGUGUGCGGAGUUCCUGGAAUCCUUCUUUGUACAGAAACUCAAAGCUUUCAAAGCAAGCAGAUUGUGAUGUCAUAGUGGCUGAAGGGGCGGAGACUUUUUUUUAAGAAAAUCAUGGAACUUGCUGUUUUAUAAAUAGUGGAAACCGAUGUAUAUUUAAAUGAAAUUUGUCACAUGUUUGGAAAAUACAAAAAUCAGUCAAAAAAACUCCUUGACAAUCUGACAGCGGCAGCCAUGCACUAGGAACACCGUAAGAGAGGGACAUGCUUUGUGAAUUCUCUUUCCUGGUUAUGUGAUGUUAUUUAUAAUGUAUACACUGAUGCAUGAAGAUUUAUCAUACAAAGGUUUUGUUCGAUUGGCUGAUUAAAGACAUUUUAAAGAUUUUGCUGUUCAGUUUUAUUGUAAUGUGCUUAACAACUGCUUGUUUCAAUUGGUUGGUUGACCUUUCCAGGUUUUCAUUGAUAAAACUGGUGAACUUGCUGAUUAAUCGAGCAUUGUUUUUGGAAAACGCAUAGUGUGAUUUUAUAACUGUUUCAGUUUCAGUUAGCUUGAAGAAAAAAGACAUUUAAUGCCUUUUGUCAAGGUAAACGAAUAGCUUAAAAUCCUUUUAUUAGGAUUUCAAUGUUAAAAUAAAGGACCAUGUUUCAAAACAAUAAUUAAAAUUGUAUGUUUUAUUUUUUUACUUUGUUAUUCCUUCUUUGAUAAAUAAAGUCUGGCAUUUUUACAAGAACCAAUUAAAAUGACUGAAAUGCAUUCCCUUUGCAUUAUGCCAGCAUGGCUGCCAUUCCUAUGACCCGGGAGGCUUUACCUUUUUUUAAAUUUUUUUUUUUUUUUUUUUUUUUUUAUUCUGUUUGAAUUUUCUUUUCACUUGUCUUGUUUUAUUUGCAAAUGUUCAAUAAAACCAAAGGGCUCUUAACGUCAUUUUUUCUGUGUCCUGUAGGUCACAUAACAACAAACUACAGUCAUCAGCCUCAUAGAAUACAACCACAUGCUGUUCUAAUAAACGUUGAACAUUUUAGUCAAGAUGGAACUUUAUCCCAGUCAACCAGCAUCGCACAGCCACAGUGUUUGUUGAAAUAUUGGACAUAGAAGCUGUGGCUUGGAUCAAGAAUGGACUGUUUACAUUUUUGAUUGUUAAACCAAUAGGUUUUGACUGGGAUCUCCUUGUCCUGUGUUUCUUUAUGGAUUAAAUGCCUGUUUUUGUGAGUUUUUUAAUCCCUCCAGAAUCAUGUUUUGCAUUAUCCAGGACAACAGGAGUCUACCAUGGGUGCAACCAUUGUUUUUUCCCUUGAUACUUAUGAUUCAGCAUACUACUUACAAAGUGGAAUGGUAACGCAGUCAGCUAAUUGGUUUUUAAGCAAUGGGGAGGAAUGGUUACCUAAAGUAAGGAAGAGUUGCUGUAAGAACGCAUUAAAGACUGAUGGAAACAAGCUAAAAUCGAGAAAGUAUCCUGUUUGUAUAACUUGUCUUUUUUUUCUUUUUUGUAUUACAACUGAAGAAAUAUUGAUGUAUAUGAAACAAAUAAAUGGAGAGGACAGGAUUCUCUCUUCUACAUUGA